AUGGUUCUCACCCAGCCUCCAAAUCAGCAUGUUAUGAAAGCGUUCGACCUCACCGGCAAAGUCGCCGUCGUCACUGGAGGUGCCCGUGGAAUUGGCCUCGAAGUCUCUAGGGCGCUAGCAGAAGCUGGUGCAGAUGUUGCUCUUAUCUAUAACAGCUCUAAAUCAGCUGACACAGUCGCAUCUGAGAUCGCAUCUACCAACAAUGUGCGCGCAGCAGCUUACCAAGCCAAUGUUGGCGUCCAGGCUGAGAUCGAGGCCGCUGUGAAGCAGGUCGCGAAAGAUUUCGGGAAGCUUGAUAUCAUGGUUGUUAAUUCUGGAAUUGUCUCAAAUAUUGCUGCUGAGGAUUACACAACUGAUCAGUGGAGUGAGAUUAUGAAGGUUAAUCUUGAUGGCGCUUUUUAUUCUGCUCAGGCUGCUGGGCGAAUCUUCAAGGAACUGGGCCAUGGGAAUGUGAUUUUCACGGCUUCGGUCAGUGCGACUUUGGUGAAUAUCCCACAAAAGCAAGCUGCAUACAAUGCCUCUAAGGCGGGUGUUGUUCAGUUGGCCAAGUGUUUGUCCGUCGAAUGGGUCGACUACUGCCGCGUGAACUGCAUCUCGCCUGGGUUUAUUGGGACCGACAUUCUUGAUAUUCACCCAAAGGAAUGGCGCGAGAAGUGGUUUGAUAUGAUACCUGCCAAGAGAAUGGCUGAAUGUUACGAGCUGAAAGGAGCCUAUGUUUUCUGCGCCUCUGAUGCAUCUAGCUAUAUGACGGGUGCGAAUCUCGUUAUUGAUGGGGGUUACACUCUACCUUGA